ACGGUGCGUAACGUCCGUGUUUUCAUUCCCGCCAUCUGUAGCCGAUACCGAGCGACAUCGCAAUUAAGAGAACAAUGAAACAACGUCACUAAUAGAUAAAGCGAUGGUGAUGUGAUGACUCAAGCACGGGAACCCCUCAACAUAAUGGACGGGAAUCCGCCCAACUGCGACUUCUCUACGAAAACCAAACGGGGCGUCUACCUCUCCAAGAGUCUUGCCUUCGUCAUCCUCGUCAUUUUCGCUCUAGCCCUCGUGGCCACGUCUUUUCUAGUCUACAACUUCGCCGCAUGUCCGCAAACUGAUCAUUUAGCAAACGUUACCAAAUAUGAACUGACACAUUGCGACCAAUCAAAAUUAUUAGUGAUACCUUUAAAUACAGACAAAAGUGUUCUCACCGAAUCAAGUACUCCAAAUUAUACCAUAAACACAACAGAAGACGUUCCAACUGUGACUGACGUUAGACUACCAAAUAAUAUCAAACCUGAUAGAUAUUAUAUUGAGUUGACACCAUACAUUUUUGAGGGGAAUUUUACUUUUCAUGGCAAAACGAGCAUUGUGCUAACAGUUAAGAAUGAUACGCAGCAAGUGACUUUCCAUAGUGUUGAAUUAAAUUUUACUAGCAUAGAAUUGUUCGAACAGAGCGAAGGUAAGGCUUUGAAGAUUACCAGACGGUCUGAAGAUGUCCCGAGACAGUUCUGUAUAAUAACGCUAGCUGAAACGUUGAAGGCUGGGCAGCAGUAUGUAUUGAAUAUCACAUACACUGGCAUCUUGAAUGACAAUCUUCAUGGAUUCUAUAGAAGCUCAUAUGAAGAGAAGAACGUAACCAAAUGGAUAGCAGUUACGCAGUUUCAGGCGACCGAUGCCCGCCGCGCUUUCCCAUGUUGGGACGAGCCUGCUUUGAAGGCUCGCUUCACAAUAAGCAUUGCGCGGCCGGUUUACAUGACUUCCGUUUCAAAUAUGAAUAUUAUCAAGAGGGAUAAUCAUUCUACCUUGUCCGAUUAUGUAUGGGACCACUAUGCAGAAUCGUUGCCAAUGUCAACAUAUCUCGUCGCAUUCGCGGUCACAGACUUCGGCAGCAAAAGUGACCAGAACUUCACCGUUUGGGCAAGAAAAGAGGCAUUAACGUCUGCAGAAUACGCCUUGGAUAUAGGCCCGAAGAUAUUGAGGUUCCUCGAGGACUACUACAAAAUUACUUUCCCAUUGCCGAAGAUCGAUAUGGUAGCGCUACCGGACUUCAAAGCUGGUGCGAUGGAAAACUGGGGUCUACUCACUUUCAGAGAAAUAGCAAUGUUGUACGAAAGUGGUUCUUCGCCGACCACAGCGAAGGCGCGGGUGGCAGCGGUGGUGGCUCACGAGAUCGCCCACCAGUGGUUCGGCAACCUGGUGACGCCGGCGUGGUGGUCCGACAUCUGGUUGAACGAGGGUUUCGCCAGCUACGUCGAGUACGUUGCAGUAGAUGCUGUGGAGAAAACGUGGAAGUUAAUGGAGGUAUUCGUCUUGAAUGAAGUGCAGAGUGUAUUCAAACUGGACGCCUUGACGUCAUCGCAUCAAAUAUCGGUGGAAGUCGGCAACCCAGAGGAGAUUGGGGCGAUCUUUGAUAAAAUUUCAUAUGGAAAAGGCUCAGCAAUACUUCGAAUGAUGAACCACUUCCUCACUGAUGACGUAUUUAACGCUGGAAUUACUGAUUAUCUCAAUGCCAAAAAGUUUGGGGACGCGGAACAAAGGGAUCUGUGGAGUGCUCUUACAAACGCCGCUCGGAGGAAGGGUGCUUUUGAUGCUGACGUCGCCGUUGUGAUGGACUCUUGGACUCUUCAAACCGGCUUUCCAGUGUUAACCAUCUCGAGAAAUUAUAGCACAAAUGUGACACAGUUCAGACAGGAAAGGUUCGUCCUCAUCAACAAUACGUCGGAAGAACAAAAGCUUCCCGUCUGGUGGAUACCAGUUUCCUACACAACUGCUUCUGAAAAAGACUUCACAUCGACCAGACCGAAGCUGUGGUUAAGAGGCGAAAGAUCCAUCGAAGUUAACAAUAUUACUGUCAGUCAAGAUGAUUGGUUUAUAGCUAAUAUACAGCAAACUGGUUUCUAUAGAAUAAACUAUGAUCGUUACAAUUGGCAGUUGCUUGUUAAAGUGUUGAAUGAUCAGUCAAGAUUUGAAGACAUACAUCCGAUAAAUAGAGCUCAAAUUGUCGAUGAUGCUAUGAAUCUAGCUUUAUCUGGUCGACUGGACUACAGAACUGCCCUGGACAUCUCGAGCUACUUAAUCCAUGAGAGAAGUUAUGUACCAUGGAAGGCUGGUUUGGUAGCUCUGGGCUAUAUAGAUACAAUGUUAUCUAAAGGCGCAUAUUACUUGGAGUAUAAGCGUUAUGUCCUCAAUCUCCUAACGGAAGCUGUGAAGGACCUAGGCUGGGAGGUUACAGCCAAUGAGAGCGUUGUGAGAGCUCAGCACAGAGUAGACCUGCUGUCGACCGCUUGUCACCUGGAACAUAUGGACUGUAUGGAACACGCAGUCAGAAUGUACAACAGUUGGAUGAUGUCUGCUAAUCCUGAUGCUUAUAAUGAGAUCCAUGCAGAUGUCCGCAGCACAGUUUAUUGCGUGGGAGUUCAGGUGGGAGGCGCCCGGGAAUGGAACUUCGCUUGGGAGAGAUUCAGGGUUGCCAGUGCGCCGUCAGAGAGGGAAUUACUGCUAUCUGUACUUGGGUGUACCAGGGCACCAUACUUGUUGUAUAGAUACCUGGAACUGUCCCUACGCAAUGAUAGUGGCAUUCGUAAGCAGGAUACUGUGAGGGUCUUCUCUGCAGUGGCUGGAUCCGCUAUAGGACAGCCCAUAGCCUUCAACUUUGUUAGAGCUAACUGGCUGAGACUUAAAGAAUAUGUUGGAUCCGUGUCCACUCUCAACUCCAUUUUAAAAGUGGUGACCAGAAGAUUAAACCAGCCGCAUGAAUAUGAAGAGCUGAAGAGGUUCGUAGCUGAAUCGUGCGGCGAAUUAGGACGUCCGGUACAGCAAGUGUUGGAGAGGACUGCUGCAAAUGUUCAGUGGAUGGAGAGGAAUUACCAAACAAUAGUAGACUGGUUAUUAGCAGCUGAGAAAGGGGCCAAGAACUGGUGACCGAGCUGAUUCGGAACACCCGUCUAAUUGUAUGCUUCAUAGUGUACUCAUAAACUAGAGUUGGGCAAAGCAAUGAUGUUUUUGACGAUUGUCAAUUAAAUUUCGACUUUUUGUAUUAACAUAUAGUCAACAAUUUUGUGUACAGGAACAGGUGGUUAGUAUAGUCUUUCCAGAAUUUAACAAAAUAAAACCGGAUGAAAUAGAAUCGAAGUUAUCACCAGUCUCUAAACUAGGCCGAACCUAUAAAAUAUAA